AUGAUACCUGAAAUAGAUCUAAAAGAACCUGGGGUACAAGACACCAGCUUUCUGGUCGAAAAAUGUUCAAAUAUUGCAUCAGAAACAACACCGCUACACGAACGCAUCGAGAAGCUUAAACAACAACUAAAAGAUGAGAUAAAAGACAAAAUAUUCGAAAACGCAGCGGCCGAAGAUAAACUGUCGUUUUCAGACGAGAACUAUGAUUUCAUUCAAGACGAAGAUGUCAAAAUAACACCCAUCAUACGUUCGAAACAGAAACGUCAGAAAACAUUAAAAAUCACAACUGUCAACGUGACGAGCGCGGGAACGCCAGCGUUCCAUAAUCAAAGUCAGCUGCGUUCGAAAAUUAAAAAGAAGAAGAAGGCCAGUUUGAAAAAGCCGUUGGAUAUAUUUUACAGGCGGUUUAGUGAAGAUAUAACGAAAACCGAAUUACAAUGGACCCACUGUCAGUACCUGAUUACGCCAUUUCUGACUGGAGUGCAGACUGAUGUGUCGAAGAUGAAAAAGUUGUUGCAUCAAAAGGACCCAAUGGUUGUCCGAUUACUACAGCUGCUUAGUAUAGACGCAACAGCAUUAAACAAAGAAGAUAUUUAUUCGAUUCUAUACCAAAUAAGCAAUUUAAAUAUACGCCUGUUUCAAUGGGACGUGCCGUCUAUAAAGCUUUUACUCAAUGUAGUUAUAAGAGACAAAGUGCACAACUUUCGCACGCUGAAACACAGUCUGUCAGCGCUGUUUUCUGACUGGAAGUUGGAUGUCAGCAACGCUACCAGUUUACUCAAACAGACUAGAAUAUUCCGCCCGCCCUGUGUGAGGGUUUCCGACUCUGAUGGUGAGUAA